AUCACUUCUCGUCCUUCCUCCGGUGUCCAUUCCAGCGUCAUGUGAAGGGGGCUUACGGUGGUUUCUCUCGCCACAGACCGGACCCUCUUCCGUCGAUCUCAUUGUCAGUGCCGACGUCCUCGCCCUGGUAGUCCGUGUGGGGGUAGUGUCCCUGUCUCCGCUGCUGCCGGUUUAUCCUGCACCCUUUGGCGUGCGGCGGAGCCGAGGAUGAGCGAGCAAGGGAAGGGCUCGGCAUCCGCCUCUGCCGCGGCCCCGGCACCAGGGUCGGAUACUUACAAAGGCUGGCUUUUUAAAUGGACCAAUUAUCUGAAAGGCUACCAACGCCGAUGGUUUGUCCUCAGCAAUGGCCUGCUGUCGUAUUACAGGACGCAGGCAGAGAUGGCCCAUACGUGCCGUGGAACAAUAAACCUGGCAACUGCACACAUCGACACGGAGGAUGCCUGCAAUAUUGUCCUGAGCAGCGGCGGCCGCACUUACCAUCUGAAGGCCAGCACAGAAGUGGAGCGGCAGAGAUGGGUCACGGCACUGGAGCUGGCCAAAGCUAAAGCCAUCCGCAUGAUGAACGAUCAGUCUGAUGACUCAGGGGACGAGGAACCCACCUCCCAGUCAGACCGCAGCGAGAUCCAGGGCACCCUAAAGAUACUCGUCAGCAAGCUCGAUGACCUCAGCACGUGCAAUGACCUGAUCGCCAAGCACGGGGCAGCCCUGCAGCGCUCCCUGAGUGAACUCGAAGGCCUGAAAGUCCCUGUGGAGGGAGGAGAAAAGAUCAAGGCAGUCAACGAGCGAGCCACCCUUUUCCGCAUCACUUCCAAUGCUAUGAUCAAUGCGUGUCGAGACUUCUUGGACCUAGCUGAGACUCACAGUAGGAGAUGGCAGCGGGCUCUGCAGUAUGAGCGAGAGCAGCGUACCCAUCUAGAGGAGACCAUUGAGCAGCUAGCAAAGCAGCAUAACAGCCUGGAGCGAGCGUGGAGGGAAGCACCCACGCUUGUUUCCAGCGCACCCAGUGCCCCUACCACCAACAAGGGGAGUGAGAGGUCGCAGAAAGAGGAGGCAAGUGAUGAAGAUGAGGAUACAGAGUACUUUGAUGCCAUGGAGGAUUCCCCUGCGUUCAUCACAGUGACUGCCAGUGAGAGCACACAGCACAGGCGAUCUCAGAGUAAUUUGAGCGGUGCGAGCGGAGGCCAGCCCAGUGACUGGAAUCAGGACGACCAUAUGUCUCCAAGCUGUAACGAUGUGUCAGGAAAGGAGCUGCAACCACGCAGACAGAGGCGGACUCACAUCCCAGACAAGCCCAACUACUCUCUCAAUUUGUGGAGCAUCAUGAAGAACUGCAUUGGCAAGGAGCUUUCUAAAAUCCCCAUGCCUGUAAAUUUUAAUGAGCCUCUGUCGAUGCUGCAGCGUCUCACCGAGGACCUGGAGUAUCAUGAGCUUCUAGACAAGGCGGCCCGCUGUGACUCCUCACUAGAGCAGAUGUGCCUGGUCGCUGCCUUCUCCGUCUCUUCCUACUCUACCACAGUCCAUCGGACAGCCAAGCCUUUCAACCCCCUCCUGGGCGAGACGUACGAGCUUGAUCGCUUGGAGGAAUUUGGCUACCGCUCGCUGUGUGAGCAGGUGAGCCAUCACCCUCCUGCAGCUGCACAUCAUGUGAUUUCCCAAAAAGGCUGGACCUUAUGGCAGGAAAUCACCAUCGCCAGCAAGUUCCGUGGCAAAUACCUCUCCAUAAUGCCUCUGGGUACCAUUCACCUGCAGUUCCACGCCAGCGGGAAUCACUAUGUGUGGAGAAAGGUCACCUCCACAGUGCACAACAUCAUUGUGGGCAAGCUGUGGAUUGACCAGUCAGGAGACAUUGAGAUUGUGAAUCACAGGACCAAAGAGACCUGCCAACUCAAGUUCUCUCCCUACAGUUAUUUCUCUAGGGAUGUUCCACGCAAGGUGACAGGUGUGGUGGCAGACAGCGGUGGUCAGGCUCACUACAUCCUCUCUGGUACGUGGGAUGAGAAAAUGGAAAGUGCCAAGAUUGUUCAGAGCAGCCGUGGAGGCAAUGGAUCAGAGGGCAAGCAGAAGAUGGUCUACCAGACUCUGUCCCCCAAACUGCUGUGGAAAAAAUACCCUCUCCCGGAGAACGCUGAGAACAUGUACUACUUCUCAGCUCUGGCGCUGACCUUAAAUGAGCUGGAGGAAGGAGUGGCACUGACUGACAGCCGUCUGAGACCAGACCAGAAGCUGAUGGAGGAAGGGCGAUGGGACGAAGCAAACUCAGAAAAACAGAGGCUAGAGGAGAAACAAAGAGCUGUGAGAAGGAGGAGGGAAGCAGAGGCCUCAGACGCUCUGGAUGAAGGUAGAGAGUAUGAAGGCUACCAACCAUUGUGGUUUUACCAGAGGAGGGACUCACUUACUGGAGAGACAAACUUUGUGUACAAGGGGGGUUACUGGGAGGCAAAGGAGAGACAGGACUGGAGCAUGUGUCCUAACAUCUUCUAACCCAGGAACUCCUCUGAGAUCACACCUAACCUCAUCAGACAGUGAACCGCUCCACCUCUGGUCCUUAAGCAGUGGAGCAUAUGAGCACCAUAU